AUGGCUGUUGUGCAGUGCUUGAAAGGAAACUGGAAAACCUUUGGUGAUUUUGCGGAUUCAGUUUUCAAUUUCCUCAUGAAAUUAGCUCAUGAUUGUCGUGCAUUAAGACUAGAUUUUGUCGCAGACCGGUAUCCUGCUCUGAGUAUCAAGAACACUGAGCGAGUCAGACGCGCUACACAAGGAGUUCAACGAGUACACAUCUAUGGCCAAGAGCAGAACAUCCCAAAGCAAUGGAAAAAAUUUCUGAGUGCUAGAGAUAACAAAGAAUCGUUAUUGGAAUUCUUCAUCAAACAUUGGAAAUCAUACAAGUCAUGCCAGUUUGCUUCUGUUUCUGUUUUUUUAUGCAACAUCGAAGAAUAA